GGAUUCUGGGUCAAGGCUGAACUUUCCCCACCUGGUGUUAGAAACCCCAAUGUCUGGGCGCAAGAUAUCAGGGAUGGGGACCCCGGAGCUCGACUGGCAUUCCGCAUUUCAGUAAAGGAAUCUGAUGGUCAAGAGACCUUUGUCCGAUAUGCAAGCCAUAAAAGCUGGCAGUCGUGCUGCAAAGCAAAUACACUUGUGGAUGAGCUUAAUGGUGACCAGCUUCUUGAGAUAUAUACUCGUCCUCGGCGCUUCAUCGACAUUGAUCACCGAAAUACCAGGAUACUUGCAGCUUACCCGGCAUUGAAGAGUUUUAUUGGGGGUGCAUUUACAAAUGACAAUGGAGUGGUAAUGUCCCGUAAGCGAAAGGAUAUCUAA